UGCCAUCCCACAGAAAAGGGCUGGAGAGGCCAGCCGCCGGCGGCGUCGCCUACUACGUAUCCUGGCAAUCCUGGCCAGAGACGACGUGCCGGUUGAGCCAGCCAUACGUACAGGCCGCGCCCUCAUCGUCCUGCUGCUGAGUGCUGACUGCCCCUAUAAAACUCGACGCUGGCCGGUUCUACACACCACUUGAGAGUCAGAGAGCCGGAGGCAGCAGUAAGAAAACACGUAGAAACCGUACGCGCGGCGCCAUGGCACGCAGCAGGGCCUUGCUGUUGUUUCUUCUCGCGCUCUCGUGCUGCUGGUCGUGGUGGUGCGGCGCCGUCGUCGUCACGGCGCGGCCGACCCCGAGCACCACCACCACAGCCGGCGGCGGCGGCGGCGGCGGCUUCAUCGCGUCGUGGUGCGCGGGGACGGACUACCCGGCCCUGUGCAACGCGACGCUGGCCCCGUACGCGGCGGAGGUCGGGGCCAGCCCGGCGCGCCUGUCGCUGGCCGCGCUGACGGUCACGCUGGGCGGCGCGCGGAAGGCGACGGCCGCGAUGAAGGCGAUGGCGGCGGGCGCGAGCAGGAGCAGCCCCGUGGCGGCCGAGGCGGCGGAGGACUGCGUGGGCAUGCUCGAGGACGCCGUGGGCCUGCUGCGGCAGUCGGUGGAGGCCAUGGAGCGCAUCGGGAAGGAGGAGGAGGAGCCGAGCGGCAGCAGCGGGCAGCAGGGCGGGAGCGGCAGCAGCAGGAGCGUCAGGUUCCAGGUGAACAGCGUGCAGACGUGGGCGAGCGCCGCGAUGACGAACGACGACAUGUGCGUGGAGGGUGGCCAGGCCGCCGUCGUCAGGGAGGCCGUGCGGGGGAACGUCGCCGGCGCCAUGCACCUCACGGCCAACGCGCUCGCCAUCGUCAACGCCAUGGCCAAGCAAAUAUCGUAGGGUACGGUGUUAUAUGCACGUGUAUAGCAUGCAUGCAUGUGGAUGCCUUGUGUAUAUAACUAUAUAUAUAUGUACGUAUACGCCUCUGUGUGUGUGUUGUUGCUGUCGUCGUCGUCUGAGAUUAGAGCGGUAGUCGAAAUGAUCACAUCUGAUCCUAAUUUGUUUAGAGCCGCAAAUGGAAGAAUCACGGAUUGAUUGUCGUGUGCUGCACCCGUGUCCGGACAGUGCAAUGGAAGAAUCAUGAUUUUAAUUUGUUGUUA